CAGAUGGCCUUGUGACAAUCAGCAGCUGCUAUGAUGGAUGGAAAUUAUGAAGUUUACACACGUUUCCAUUCUAACUCAUGGGAGCAAAUGUUUUCCAUACUAUACGAUAAUAAUACUGUUGCUUACAGGAAAGCCAGUUUUGCAAAUGCAGUCACAAUCACUGAGCAACCAUUGCAUCCUGGGGACAUCUUCCUGGUUGAAAUUGAGAAGACAGAGCCUGGAUGGACAGGUCACAUGAGACUAGGCCUCACCCAGCUCAAUCCUGCCAAUCCCGGAUUGGAGGAAUUGCCUCAGUACUCUCUUCCAGAUAUGACGAAUAUGGGCAAUUCUUGGAUAUGUGCCAUUACAAAAAGUCACAAUCGUGUGCAGCCAGACACUGAAGGAGAGGGUGAUGCUGGAGAUAUCUCUGGAGUGGCAUCAGAGAUAGCCAGUGAUGGACAACAGUCUCUUCAGGAACAAAAUACACCUGCAGAUGUUGAGAUGUCCAAUGCAGUAGGUGCUAAAUCUGCUGUAGGGGCAGAAGGGAUGGUUUCUUCAGAAGCAGUUGUGGAAUCAGAUGCUGUGGGGAUGUUUAGAAUGAAAAACAGCCGAGGGCACAGAACUAACUUUAAUGGUACUGGUCCUCGAGGAAAUGUAAGCAGUAAUGGCCCUCGUGGAUUAGAAUCCAUAGUUGUUGGAGAUCAUCUACAAACAUCAAGAGGGUUGAUUCCUAGAUCAGUUUUGCAACCAGCACCCUAUGCUACUACGGGACCCUCGGGCAGAAGAAUAAUGUUACGAAGAGAUAACAUUCUUCCCACUGAUGAAGGAAGUAGAAUAGGUGUUGUCUUCUUACCAAGGGGAAAUCUUGCCGAAAUGCAUUAUAUAAUAAAUGGUGAAGACCAGGGAGCUUUUACAAAAAAAUUGCCAUACCGUGAAGCUCCCUUGUAUGCUGUUGUUGAUGUGUAUGGAACUACAAAACAGAUCAGAAUAAUACAACUUCCUGUCUCUGGAGUUGCUACUUUGAAAAGUUUAUGUAGAGACACUAUACUUAAGCACAUUGCUCAGCGAGGCAUAAACUGUCUCCCUCUUCCACGAAGACUGAAAGAUUAUCUCUUAUUUGAGAGCUGAGAUGUUGACCUGGUGCUUAGAGAACCUAGAUUUUGAGUGUUGAGAGAUGGUCACCAUAGAUGUAUCAAGUCAAACAGUGGCUGUGAUUAAGAAUUGUUGUAUGUAUGGCUUAUGCCAACAUAUGGCUUCACAAGUGCGUCCUGUGCAUCGUGGUGGUAUAAUAAACUAUUUAAUCCAUUUUGCUAAGUCACUUUUAUAGUGGAAAUUGCUUAUAUGAUGGAGGUUCAAGUGUUCCAUGUUUUUCUGGUUUUUAUGUUCUUGAGGAUCCCAUUAAAAAUUUUGAAAACCUUCAAAAGUGUGAAAACUUGAAAGCCAUUUUGUUUUAUUGUUUAGAAACAGUUAAUCAUUUUAACAUGAGCCCCAAGUUUUUUUUUUAUCAAUUAGUUUGCAUGCCAUUCGUACUAUACCAGUUUUUGUACAUCUAAAACUGUUAAAAUUUAAAUGCAAACCUUAACAAAACUUUUUGAACCUCUGCAGACAUUUUUACAUAUGAUAGUGUGCGACUGACUUUUGUACAUUAAUGCUGGUGUUUCCGAGAUUUUUGUUGUUUAGAAUUGUUAAAUAAUAAAGAUAUUUAUAUAGGAGGGGAAAAAUCACCUAUUGUAAGAAGCUCACAAUAUUGCGUAAAUUUUCAGAAAAUGAUUAGAGUAUAAAGCUGCCGUGAACCGUGAACUAUCUGUGAUAACAAUAUCUGCAUUAAAAAUAAAAUUUGUAAAAUGCCAGUGAGAAAAAAAUGCUUGUCAUGGAAGAUGAACUUCCUAUAAACUUAUGGGGUGGGAGGGCAGAUCACAUUAUCUUGAGUAUUUUGUUGGAAGAAUUCCUUAUUUGGAUACUUCAUAUAGUGUAUCUUUUGUGAAGCAUUUGGUAUUAUGUGAAUAACACACACUGCUUAUACAAGAGGAACGUCUGACUUUGUUGUAAAUCUUAGCAUGUGUAAAUAUAGAAACAUUUGGACAUACUCAACUAAGUUUCAUAUUUGGGCAGCUGUAAUUUUAAUACACAAAUGUUUUCUCUGCCCAGAUUUCCUAGUUCACUAACAGUGGUAGCAGUUGUUACUACCACCCCUUUUUAUCUUAUAAAAACAUGUGCUCCUUCAAA